CGCGUACAUCACACCUCUUCCCUCGAACUUGUCUCCCCUUCACGGUGUAAUCGCUAUGUCUGACGACCUAUCACCAUCAUCUCCAGAGGUUAUGAAUGCCUUCUAUCGCCGUUUAUAUCCCUUUAAGUCUGUCUUCAAAUGGCUCAAUCACGAACAUACCCCGACGCGACAAUGGACGAACCGCGAGAUCGCUUACAGUCUUCAGAACGACGUCUAUCUCCGCUACCAGUCGUUUGCUAAUGCAGACGAGUUCAAGAAACAAACAUGUACUCUGAAUCCUACUCGUUUCGAGAUUGGGCCGGUAUAUUCUGCCAGGCCCAAAGACAAGAAAGUCAUGCGAAACACGGCUUUAACCCCUCUGCUCCGCGAACUUGUGUUCGAUAUUGAUAUGACAGAUUACGACUCCAUCCGUACCUGCUGCACAGGCGCCUCGAUCUGCAAGCGUUGUUGGGGGUUUAUUAGCGCAGCCGUCAUCGUCAUCGACAGCUCUAUCCGGGAACAUUUCGGGUACCAGCACCUACUAUGGGUAUAUUCGGGUCGUCGUGGUAUCCAUUUGUGGGUAUCGGAUCGGGAAGCGAUGGAGUUGACGGACGAGCAGAGGAGGGCGGUAGUUGGAUGGAUGACGGUCGUGGCUGGCGGGAAGGAGAUGGCCAAGAAGGUGAAUGUGAGGAUAAAUGGAGGGAAAGGGACCGAGCCUUCACUGCCACCAGCAGUCAAGGAUGCUUUGGGAAUACUGGUCGGACGGUUCACUGAUCUCAUCCUAGCGGAUCAAGAUUGUUUCCAGGAACGUGCUAGAUGGGAGGAGCUAUUGAAGCUGAUACCCGAUAAAUCCAUAGUCAGAAGCCUGCAAGACAAGUGGGAUGACGAUGAAGACCGAACAUCAGAAGAGAAAUGGGAUAACCUCAAGCGAGAGAUUCAGAAGUACAAGAAAUCCGAAAGAGGUCCAAUGAUGGCUGCCCUGGAGGAUAUUGUCCUGCAGUACACUUACCCGCGGAUCGACGCUGAAGUCUCCAAACACCGGAAUCACUUGCUCAAAGCUCCGUUCUGCGUGCAUCCAAAGACGGGUCGCAUUUGCGUGCCUAUCGACCCGGAACUGGUGGAUGAGUUUGAUCCAGAUACUGUGCCCACUGUGGGUCAGCUUCUGCAAGAGCUCGACGCUACGAAGACUGAGUCGAGUACGGAAGAACAUUCCGAUUGGGAGAAAACUUCGCUGAAGCCCUACGUCGACAUGUUGGAGAAGUAUGCAAUGGGACUAAUGGGCGAGGUGAGGAGGGUGAAGCGAGAAAUGGACACGUCCUGGUGAUGCGUCGCGGGCAGCACUGAUAUAUGUAGAUCCUUGUACGAGUUGUGUAUAGAUAUCGCUUCUUACGGAGGGCAUAUCAAUGGAUGUGAUAAGAAUGGGCCGUAUUGAC